AUGGCGUGGCGACAGCAAGGAAGCACGGGUUCGAACAAUAUCCCUCUGGGGAACCGACGCAGAUUUGGCGCAGACGGCUCGGCAUCUCACGAUGACGGUGGCUAUAAUCCAGCACAGUCUGCCUCUGCCAGUGGCAACUCUGAGAACGGAUUCAAGCGUGGUCGCAGUCCAACAAGAGCUGAUGAGCAUCCGUCUGCUGAUGGAUCAAGACGUCGCAAGAAGAGAAAUCGCUGGGGUGAUGCUACUGAGAACAAAGCUGCAGGACUCAUGGGCCUUCCAACGGCCAUCAUGGCGAAUAUGACCAGCGAACAGCUCGAGGCUUACACCCUCCAUCUGCGCAUUGAAGAGAUCAGCCAGAAGCUUAGGAUCGACGAUGUUGUCCCUGCAGAUGGCGACAGAUCCCCAUCCCCCCCACCGCAGUACGACAACUUCGGUCGCCGUGUCAAUACUCGAGAAUAUCGUUAUCGCAAGCGUCUUGAAGACGAGCGCCACAAGCUAAUUGAGAAGGCCAUGAAGGUCAUCCCUAACUAUCACCCACCCCAGGACUAUCGACGUCCAACUAAGACACAAGAAAAAGUUUAUGUGCCAGUCAAUGACUACCCAGAGAUUAACUUCAUCGGUUUACUUAUCGGACCUCGUGGCAACACUCUAAAGAAGAUGGAGACAGAAUCCCAGGCCAAAAUUGCAAUCCGUGGAAAAGGAUCCGUCAAGGAAGGCAAAGGCCGUUCUGACGCAGCUCACACCAGCAACCAGGAAGAAGAUCUCCAUUGCUUGAUUAUGGCAGACACCGAGGAAAAGGUCAACAAAGCCAAGAAGCUCAUUCAUAAUAUCAUUGAGACGGCUGCAUCAAUUCCUGAAGGCCAGAAUGAGCUGAAGCGCAAUCAACUUCGUGAGCUCGCCGCUCUUAACGGUACCCUCCGUGACGAUGAAAACCAAGCCUGUCAGAAUUGCGGUCAAAUCGGACACAGAAAAUUCGACUGUCCAGAGCAAAGAAACUUCACGGCGAGCAUUAUCUGUCGCGUUUGCGGUAAUGCUGGACAUGUGGCCAGAGACUGUCCCGAAAGACAACGCGGUGCUAAUUGGCGCAAUGAUGGUCCUGGCGGUCCCCCUGGCCCUGCGGCUGGUCGCAUUGGUGCUGGAGAUGCUGUUGAUCGGGAGUACGAGCAACUCAUGCAAGAACUUUCAGGCGGCGGGCCUCCUAAUGGAGAGGAACCAAGACGUAUUGAAGCUGGUCCUGUAGGUGGAUAUGAUCAAGGUCCUCCAGAUGGAGAUGUCAAACCAUGGCAGCGCGGACCUACUGGAGCAGCCGCUCCUUGGCAAAAGCGUGGUGAUGACCGGGGUGGCUUUGACGGACGCGACUCAGCUCCUUCUGGCUCUGGUUCUGCUGCACCUUGGGCAAGAGAUCGUGCUCGGGGAAGUGACAACCGUGGGGGCGACUCGUACUAUGGAGGAGGCCAAAACAAUUAUAAUAACGGCGCUUCUGGCGCGGCCCCUCCAUGGCAGCAGCAACAAGCUCCUGCCUACCCACCAGCCCCAACAGCAGCAGCGGGUUAUGCUGGAUACUCAGCACCCGGGUAUACAGGUGGAUAUCCUCCUCAACAAGCCAUGGGCGCUCCACCUGGACUUGCCGCCCCUCCGGGAUUGAGCAGUGCUGGAAUCAGCGCUCUGCUCCAACAGUUUGCUGGUAGCCCACCACCUCCUCCUCCACCGUCCACCGUCCCUCCUCCACCACCGCCGGGAAAUGCGCCGCCUCCACCACCUCCUAGUGACCAGCCACCACCACCACCCCCAGCGUGA